CAGAGAAGCAGUACGGGUUUAAUUAAUUCAACAGAGGCUGAGAAAUCAAUGGAGACUUACAAUCUCAUUGUCAAGCCAUGGUGCAGUCACUUCUUUCUUGGCUUAUUUGCCAUGCUCGCUCUCCUUUCUCUGUCUGCAGAUGCAGAAACUCACUACCAUCAAUUUGUUAUUCAAGCAAAACCAGUGAAGAGGCUGUGCAGAACCCACAACACAAUUACAGUAAAUGGACAAUUCCCAGGACCAACCUUGGAAGUGAGAAAUGGGGAUUCCCUAGUGAUCAGAGUGGUGAACAGUGCUCAAUACAACAUCAGCCUCCAUUGGCAUGGAAUUCGACAGCUCAGAAAUCCAUGGGCAGAUGGGCCGAGUUAUGUGACUCAGUGUCCCAUUCAACCGGGAGGGACAUACACAUACCGUUUCACAAUCAUAAACCAAGAGGGUACGUUGUGGUGGCAUGCUCAUACCAAUUGGCUCAGAGCCACUGUUUAUGGAGCUCUCAUCAUCCAUCCUAAAUUGGGUUCUCCAUACCCAUUCUCAACGCCCAAGCGAGAAUACACAAUUCUUCUUGGAGAAUGGUUCGACAGAAAUCCCAUGGAUGUUUUAAAGCUGGCUCAGUUCACAGGAGCAGCUCCAAAUGUUUCAGAUGCAUUUACCAUCAAUGGUCAGCCUGGUGAUCUGUAUAGAUGCUCCAGCCAAGAAACCAAAAGAUUUGCAAUAGAAUCGGGUGAGACAGUUCUCCUACGAAUCAUCGGCUCUAUGCUCAAUCAAGAACUCUUCUUUGCCAUUGCCAACCACAAAAUGACUGUUGUUGGUGUUGAUGCUGCAUACACCAAGCCUUUCACAACCAAUGUUGUCAUGAUAGGACCAGGUCAGACAACCAAUGUCCUCCUCACCGCUGAUCAGCCCCCAGCUCACUACUACAUGGCUGCACAUGCCUAUAACACCGCGAAUGCACCCUUUGAUAACACCACUACUACAGCCAUCCUUGAAUACAAAUCUGCUCCCUGCAAGAAGGGGCAAUCCUCAAGACCAGUCUUCCCUCAACUGCCAGGCUACAAUGAUACAGCCACAGCAACUGCUUUCACUGCCGGGAUUAAGAGCCCAGCUUCUCAGGUCAAGGCCAUUACUGACAUUGAUGAGAACCUAUUUUUCACAGCGGGAUUAGGACUAAACAAUUGCACACGUCCUAACAGCCCCCGUUGUCAAGGACCAAAUGGAACCCGCAUCACCGCCAGCAUGAACAAUGUUUCUUUUGUCCUCCCUAGAACAAACUCCAUUAUGCAAGCAUAUUAUCAAGGUGUGCCUGGUGUCUUCACCACAGACUUUCCACCUGUCCCCCCUGUACAAUUUGAUUAUACCGGCAACGUGAGCAGGGGACUCUGGCAACCUAUUCCAGGAACUAAGCUCUACAAGUUGAAGUAUGGUUCCAGAGUACAGAUUGUGUUGCAGGAUACAAGUAUUGUCACAACAGAGGACCAUCCUAUGCAUAUUCAUGGAUACCAUUUCUAUGUUGUUGGAUCAGGUUUUGGCAACUUCAACCCAAGAACAGACCCAGCCAACUUCAACUUCGUCGACCCACCACUGAGGAAUACCAUUGGAACAAACCCUGGUGGAUGGGUAGCCAUCCGAUUUGUGGCUGAUAAUCCAGGAGUUUGGCUGGUGCACUGUCACAUAGACGCACAUUUGAGUACUGGUUUGGCAAUGGCUUUCCUAGUUGAAAAUGGAUUUGGGGAAUCUCAGUCUGUAAUACCUCCACCAGCAGAUCUGCCCACAUGUUAAGACCGUCAACAGAGUAUCAUCAUUCACCAGUCAUUUCGUCUAAUUUUCAAGUCAAAUAUUUGCUGUCCUCUAGUAUUGUUAGAAAUUUAUAUAAAGGUUUGGCUGAAUCUUUUGCCAUGGGUUUCUAGUAUAGUAGUAGGCCAAGAAUCGGUCAAUGCUCCACUGAGCAGCUGAUUUCUCAAGUUUCUUGAUUGCGUGUAUUGUUUUAAAAAUCAGAUUGGAUUUUAGAUUUUAUAACAAGUUAGUUAUAUC